AUGUCCUACACAUUUGACUGGGUUAGCAAGGAUGUGGUUAAAAAGCUUCAAGGAAAAGAUCUGAGGCCUGUCAAACGCCUGUCAGAUGCCACCAAAUUCCGCCAGUUUGACAUACUUCAGAAGACUCCUCAAUCGCUGUUUUUUAAAUCUGAAGAUACUCCAGUUGGAUAUUCUCUUCUGAAGAUCUUGGAGCCCAAUUUUCCUGUCCCAGAGCCUGAAGUGUCAGCUCCCAUUCCCCUCAAACACACCGUGUCCCAGAAACUGAAGGCGAACGUGGAUGUCAAAGCCAUCGUAGAGGGAGGUGCGUCGGCAGAGUUUGUUCAGUCCUGCGGAUAUGACAUUGAGGUUCAGAGUACAAGCAUCCCAGAUUCAAAACUGGAAAGUCUUCAAAACAGGAAACUUUUGGAUCAGGAGCCAUCAUUUGUGACGGAUUGCCGAAUGGGAAGGAAAAACCUGUAUGUGGUGACAGAGGCCUUUGAAGUGACCAAGGGUACAGUGCUGGAAGGCAGCAGCAGUAUUGGCCUUUCGGGCAAAGCGCUCAUCCCUCAGUUUGUCAAGGGUCAAGCCCAGGGACAGUGGCAAAGGGACAGAACGGAUUCAGUACCUAUCCUAAAGGGUGCCGUGUUGGCCUACAAGAAGAAGCAACUGGUCAUUAAGAAUAACACUUGUGCCAUUCUUCUUUCUGAUAAUGCUAAGAAGAAGACCUUUCCGGGCAUAUUUAAUAUGGCACCUAAGUGUGGUUAUGUUACCCUACGCACGAGUAUUGGAAUACCCCCACGUGAUGAUCUGAGAAGGCUUGAGAUAACCUUGAGGAUAAAUGACGUCCCUCCAAUUGGAAGUAUAGAAGAGCCUGCUCAUCUAGAUUUCAAGUGCCUACAAAAUGAAGUUUCCCUACAAACAGAGCAACUGGCUAUGCUCUCAAAGGAUGUUCAAGAUGUUGUGUUCUCCAGUCUCCUGCACAUGCUCAGUGACAGAGAGGCUCUGUAUGACCUGAUGAACAUGCUGGAGUUGGAUCAGUUGGGCCAUUUGGAAGGCCCAGGUGGCAUAAUCCUGGACGAGCUGCAAAAGGACUCAAGCACCCCAUGGAUUGACCUGAAGAACCUCAUCCUUUAUCUCCUUCAAGCCCUAAUGGUGCUGAACGAUACCCAACUCGAUCUGCUGGCCCAGUCUGUGGAGAUGCAGCUCCUCCUGCAGCAACGAGAGCUGGUGAAGAGCAUCCUACAGCCAAACUUCAAGUAUCCCUGGCACAUUCCCUUCACGCUCCAGCCUCAGCUACUCGCUCCACUCCAGGGUGAGGGCUUGGCCGUUACUUAUGGAUUGCUGAAGGAGUGUGGUCUGAAGAUGGAGCUGAAUAAUCCCAGGUCAACUUGGGAUUUGGAAGCCAAGAUGCCCCUGUGUGCUCUCUAUGGGAGCCUGUCAUUUUUACAGCAACUUGCGGAAGCCUGACUCUUCCUCCAAGCCUGGCUCAGU